AUGGCAAUUCCUGAGAAGUGCACGGUUCUUGUUGUUGGCGGCGGCCCAGCUGGCUCGUACGCAGCCUCUGCUUUGGCAAGAGAGGGCAUUGACACAGUCAUCUUGGAGGCUGAUAAGUUUCCGCGAUAUCACAUUGGAGAAAGUAUGCUGGCGUCGAUGCGCCACUUUCUCAGAUUCAUUGAUGUAGACUCAGAGUUUGACAGUUACGGAUUUACAAAAAAGGUUGGCGCAGCGUUCAAGCUGAACCCUAGAAAGCGCGAAGGAUAUACAGAUUUUCUUGCUGCUGGUGGCCCUGAAAACUACGCUUGGAAUGUAGUUCGGUCAGAAGCAGACCAUUUGCUGUUCAAACACGCUGCCAAGAGCGGCGCAAAAGCAUUUGACGGCGUUCAAAUUAGGAAGAUUAACUUCAUUGAUGUCCCGUACAAGGGCUCUGGGGAAUUGCCACAUGAUUAUCCCGGCCGGCCUGUUUCAGCAACCUAUUUGCGAAAAGAUGACAACACUACUCAUGAAAUUAAAUUCGACUACAUCGUUGACGCAAGUGGUCGUGUGGGAUUGCUCAGCACGAAGCAUUUGAAGAAUCGUAGAUAUAACCAAGGCUUGAAGAAUGUUGCUACUUGGGGCUACUGGAAGGGUGCAGGCGCAUAUGGAAAGGGAACACCAAGAGAGAACUCUCCAUUCUUUGAGGCAUUGCAAGAUGAAAGCGGCUGGGCGUGGCUUAUUCCCUUGCACAACGGCACUGUAUCAAUUGGCAUCGUUAUGAACCAGAAGAUGUCUGCAGAGAGAAAAUCACAGGCUGGCUCUCCUGACUCCAAGACAUUCUAUUUGAACUGUCUUAAGGAGCUGGCGCCUGAUCUCACCAAGCUUGUGGAGCAUGGAGAGCUCAUCACAGACAUCAAAUCCGCCGCGGAUUAUUCAUACAGCGCCUCAGGCUACGCUAUUCCCCAUGCUCGCAUCGCUGGGGAUGCCGGCUGCUUCAUUGAUCCAUACUUCUCUUCUGGUGUUCACUUGGCUUUCGUCGGUGGCCUGUCUGCAGCCACCACUAUUGCAGCGGCCAUUAGGGGAGAUUGUUCCGAAGAGGUUGCGGCUGACUGGCAUUCCAAGAAAGUUGCUGAUAGUUAUGUCCGCUUCUUGCUGGUGGUACUGAGCGCCUAUAGACAAAUUCGAGCUCAGAAUGAACCGGUACUGAGCGAUUUUAACGAAGAUAAUUUUGAUCGCGCGUUUGCCUUUUUUAGACCUGUGAUCCAAGGAACAGCAGACGUAGACACCAAGCUCUCCCAAGAAGAGCUCACAAAGACUCUCGAGUUUUGCAGCAACGCCUUUGAGCCCGUUAAACCCGAAGAUCGCUCGAGCAUGCUGGAGAAGCUCGGCCAAAAUCCAGAUACUGCAUACCAGGUCGACCUCUCUCCUCAGCAGAGAACUGUCGUAGACCACAUUCGAGCUAGACAGAUGAUGAGAACUGAGGAUACUAUGAACAUCAAUAGCUUCGGAACCGACGCAAUCAGUGGGUUUAUUCCUAACUUGAAGCGGGGAGAUCUUGGACUUUUGCCAGUUGCCGCCUAA